AUGCCAGUCCGAAGGGGCCACGUUGCUCCCCAAAACACUUACCUGGACACCAUCAUCCGCAAGUUCGAGGGCCAGAGUCGUAAGUUCCUGAUUGCCAAUGCGCAGAUGGAGAACUGUGCCAUCAUUUACUGCAAUGACGGCUUCUGCGAACUCUUUGGCUACUCCCGAGUGGAGGUGAUGCAGCGACCCUGUACCUGUGACUUCCUCACGGGCCCCAACACUCCAAGCAGUGCUGUGUCUCGCUUGGCACAGGCCCUGCUUGGGGCUGAAGAGUGUAAGGUGGACAUCCUCUACUACCGCAAGGAUGCCUCCAGUUUCCGCUGCCUGGUGGACGUGGUACCCGUGAAGAACGAGGACGGGGCUGUCAUCAUGUUUAUCCUCAAUUUUGAGGACCUGGCCCAGCUCCUGGCCAAGAGCAGCAGCCGAAGCCUGACCCGGCGCCUGUUGUCGCAUAGCUUCCUGGGCUCUGAGGGCUCUCACAGCAGGCCGAGUGGACAGGGGCCUGGCCCAGGCAGGGGCAAGUACAGAACCGUCAGCCAGAUCCCACAGUUUACACUCAACUUCGUGGAGUUCAACCUGGAGAAGCAUCGCUCGGGCUCCACCACAGAGAUUGAGAUCAUUGCUCCACACAAGGUGGCGGAGCGGACACAGAAUGUCACUGAGAAGGUCACCCAGGUCCUGUCCCUGGGCGCAGAUGUGCUGCCAGAGUAUAAGCUUCAGGCACCGCGCAUUCACCGAGGUACCAUCCUACACUACAGCCCCUUCAAGGCCGUGUGGGACUGGCUUAUCUUGCUUCUGGUCAUCUAUACAGCAGUCUUCACACCCUACUCAGCUGCCUUUCUGCUCAGCAACCAGGAUGAAUCACAGCGUGGUACCUGUGGCUAUACCUGCAGCCCACUCACCGUGGUGGACCUCAUUGUGGACAUCAUGUUCGUUGUGGAUAUUGUCAUCAACUUCCGGACCACCUAUGUCAACACCAAUGAUGAGGUGGUCAGCCACCCCCGACGGAUCGCUGUCCACUACUUUAAGGGCUGGUUCCUAAUUGACAUGGUGGCUGCCAUUCCUUUUGACCUGCUUAUCUUCCGCACUGGCUCAGAUGAGACCACCACCUUGAUCGGGUUACUGAAGACGGCACGCCUCCUGCGCCUGGUGCGUGUGGCCCGGAAGCUGGACCGAUACUCUGAGUAUGGGGCCGCUGUGCUCUUCUUGCUCAUGUGCACCUUCGCGCUCAUAGCACACUGGCUGGCCUGCAUCUGGUACGCCAUCGGCAACGUGGAACGACCCUACUUGGAGCCCAAGAUCGGCUGGCUGGACAGCUUAGGUGCACAGCUCGGCAAGCGCUAUAAUGGCAGUGACCCGGCCUCAGGACCCUCUGUGCAGGACAAGUACGUCACGGCCCUCUACUUCACCUUCAGCAGCCUCACCAGCGUGGGCUUCGGCAAUGUGUCACCUAACACCAACUCUGAGAAGGUCUUCUCUAUCUGCGUCAUGCUCAUUGGCUCCCUUAUGUACGCCAGCAUCUUCGGCAACGUGUCGGCCAUCAUCCAGCGCUUGUACUCGGGCACUGCGCGCUACCACACGCAGAUGCUGCGUGUCAAGGAGUUCAUUCGCUUCCACCAGAUCCCCAACCCGCUGCGGCAGCGCCUGGAAGAGUAUUUCCAGCACGCCUGGUCCUACACAAACGGCAUCGACAUGAAUGCGGUGCUGAAGGGCUUCCCUGAGUGCCUGCAGGCCGACAUCUGCCUGCACCUGCACCGUACGCUGCUGCAGCACUGCCCCGCCUUCCACGGUGCCAGCAAGGGGUGCCUGCGCGCUCUCGCGGUCAAGUUCAAGACCACGCACGCGCCGCCUGGGGACACACUGGUGCACCUGGGCGACGUGCUCUCCACGCUCUACUUCAUCUCUCGAGGCUCCAUUGAGAUCCUGCGCGAUGACGUGGUCGUGGCCAUUCUAGGGAAGAAUGACAUCUUUGGGGAGCCUGUUAGUCUCCAUGCCAGGCCAGGCAAAUCUAGUGCGGAUGUGCGUGCCCUGACCUACUGUGACCUGCACAAGAUCCAUCGAGCAGACCUGCUGGAGGUGCUGGACAUGUACCCUGCCUUUGCAGACACCUUCUGGAAUAAGCUGGAGGUCACCUUCAACCUGCGGGACGCAGAUGGGGGUCUCCAGUCAUCACCCCAACAGGCCCCAGGCAACCAAGAUUCCCAAGGCUUCUUCCUCAAUGACAUUAAUGGCAGUCAGUCAGGUGCAGUCCCUUCCCUAAGCAUCUCAGACGCAUCUGGGCUUUGGCCUGAAUUGCUACAGCAAAUGCCCCCAAGUCUUCCAAACCCACAUCAGGACCUGGAUUGCUGGCCUCGGGAACUAGGCUGUAAGUUAGAGCAGCUCCAGGCCCAGAUGAACAGACUGGAGUCCCGCAUGUCCUCAGACCUCAGCCACAUCCUACAGCUACUUCAGGAGGGCCACACCAGCUACAUCCUGGGUGCCCCUGCCUCCAGUGACCUGGCCUUGUUUCCCGAAGCUUCAGGAACUCAGAGUCCAGAGCCCAGGCUUCUGGUGGGACGUACGCCCUCUGCACAGACCCUAAGCUAUGGUGACUUGGACAAACAUACUCAGAAGCCCAAGACUUUCUCCCCCAGGAUGCGUCACUUGGCUGUGGCAAUGGACAAAACUCUGGUACCAUCCUCAGAACAGGAACAUCCUGAGGGGCUCUUGUCACCUCUGGCCUCAUCUCUGUGUCCCCUGGAAGUCCAGGGACUCAUCAGUGGCCCUCGCUUUCCUUCCCUUCCUGAACACCUCAGCUCUGUUCCCAAGCAGCUGGAGUUUCAGAGACAUGGUUCAGAUCCUGGCUUCACAAGGAGUUAGGGCCAUUGGACCCCAAGAUAAAAGCAACCAUGAAGGAAUUGAUAUACAGUGAGGUGAGAGUUAAGCCUUUCGGGGGAGCCAGACAACCCUCUGAUGGAACUCUGAAAACCAUUUUUUGCAGAGAAACUACAGACUGCUGAGCCAGGUGAGGACUUGGCCCAACCCCCUGGGGUUCCAUGUAACCAGCAAGCCAGGCAGAGGGUUACUUCACAGGGCCAGUGAAGAAGGGAGAAGUUUCUAAUAUUGAGUCUUGCUUGGGGCUGCAUGUGAUCACCUCCCAGCUCAGAAUCAUCCUUUGCCUCAAAAGCCCAAAAACCAAGGCCAGGGUUGACCAGCCCUUUUACCAAAAGUCUCUAACAUGGAGUUAGAGGUAUCCUCUGUGGUAAACCUGAAAGACAGAGCUCCAGUCCCCAGCUCCUCUACUGUUCAGAGUUCCAUGACAACAUCUGGGUCCCUUGGAGGCAUGUAGUGUCACACAGCUAAUAAAGUCUUGAACAUUUCA